CUUGGGCUUAAAAGUCGAAUUUCUGAUGCAAUAUUCGUUACUAAGACGUGAUUGCACUGUAUAAAUGCUGGGAGUAAAAGGAUUAAGAUCGUAAAAUUAAAAUGUUCAUUUAUAUUUAAAAACUCAGUAAAUUGAUAGGUUUUUUGCAGGCAUCACAGCAUUCAGUGCGAUAUUCAAAAUGACUGAAGAAGAUUCGGUAUUCGAUCCUACUUUAAAAAAGAAAAAGAAGAAGAAGAAAACUGCCUUUGAUCUUGAUGCUGCAUUUAAUGAAGGUGGUAGCACUGGUGAUGCGAUGGAAACCAGUGUGGAUAAAGAGAAUCAAGAGCCGGAACCUCCUGCACCAGCUGAAGAUGACGAAACAUUGGACUUAGAGAAUUUUGGAAGAAAGAAGAAGAAGAAAAAAAAAGCAUUUAAUUUAGAUGAACUUGAUGCUGCUUUGCCAGAUACAAGAAAAGAGGAUGUUGUUGAACAACAAACAGAAGAAGUUGCCGUGGAUGAUACUUUUGACUUAGACAUGGACUUCUCGAAAACUAAAAAAAAGAAAAAGAAAAAGAAAGAUCUCGAUGAAUUAGUAGCUGAGGAAGAACGUAAGGAAACAGAAGAUAAAGAAAAUGCAGAAGAUACAAGCUUAUGGGUUGGAUCAGAUAGAGAUUAUACAUAUGAUGAAUUAUUGGUAAGAGUAUUUAAUAUUAUGAGGGAAAAGAAUCCUGAUAUGGUUGCUGGCAAAAAACAGAAGUUUGUUAUGCGUCCUCCUCAAGUAGUACGUAUAGGUACCAAAAAGACAUCUUUUGCUAAUUUCACAGAGAUAUGUAAAACACUCCAUAGGCAACCAAAACAUUUAUUGGACUUUUUACUUGCUGAAUUGGGAACUAGUGGUUCUGUUGAUGGAAAUAGUCAACUUAUUAUUAAAGGUCGUUUCCAACAAAAACAAAUAGAAAAUGUUCUUAGGAGAUACAUUAAAGAAUAUGUUACAUGUCACACUUGCCGCUCUCCGGAUACUAUUCUUCAAAAAGAUACUCGACUAUUUUUCUUACAGUGUGAAACUUGUGGCUCAAGAUGUUCAGUGGCUAGUAUAAAAUCUGGUUUCCAGGCUGUUACUGGAAAACGUGCUGCUAUUCGAGCAAAAACUGCCUAAACAAAUUUUUCACUUGUCAUAUCCACGAAUUUUGUAGCAUAAUUUUCAAAUUAUCAGAGAUGUUUUGUGUCAAAAUGCAGUUUUUACUAUACCUAUUGUAACGGCGUGCAAUCCUAACAUUUAUUUUUUACUGAUAGAAAUCUAACGUCGUCAAUAUCAGUGAGCAAUUGUAAAAUUUGCAUCGUGUAAUAAUUUUUUAUUCUCAGUUCAGGUAAUUGGAAGUUAUUUCUUCAAAAAUUUUUCGGCGUUUUUAAUUUUCACAUUGCCCUUCAAAUUUUCAAAUUUUUAAUACAUCAUUUAUUCUUAAAAAAACUACAUAGGACUUAAUACAAUUUUACUUUUUGAUAUACUCUGGUUUCAUUCAUAAUAUAUAGUGGCAUUUUAAACAAAAAUACAUCACUAAUCCAUACACGCUUUUUGAAUACUGAAGAUAAAGCAAUCACGAUCAAUAAUACGAGAUACAUUAUCCAUUUGUCUACCAUUGUGACAUAACAUCCUGUAUAAAGAACUAUUAAUUAAGUGUAAAAUGAAAUGAAUUACCAGUUGUUAACAAUAGAUUUAAGCUGGUAACAAUUUGUUAUGUCAUUUUCUAUAUACAAGAAAAUUGUAAUAUCAAAUUCCAGUACAUUAAUUAUGGCGAAAAGUAUUAUUUCUGCAACUAUUUUUAAAAGAAUCACUAUAAGCGCAAUGAUCUUUU